AUGGCGCAGGCAUACAGAAUUUUGGGGAAGAAUGUACCACCACAUUAUUUGUCUAUUGCAACAUUAGCUACAGUUGGUGGUGUCAUUGGAUAUUUCAAAAUGACCGGCAAGAAAGAAGAGAAGGCUAGCACACCAAUAGCGCCUGCAAAGGACGAUAUUGAUAUUGAGGCUUUGUUGCAAUCUUUUGUUGCGCAAGAAGGAGAAAAAAAAUAG